AGCAUCAGCCAGUUUUCCUGCCUCCCUCCCACCCCAGCUGUCCCUCCUUCCCUGCCCAAGCCCUCACCUCGCUCCACAGCCCAGGACAGGGACCAUUCCUGGGACGACAGUGGAGGAGCUGCGGGAUGGAAGAGAAAAGCAAAAUGCAGACGGAGAAGCACCUCACGGGAACUCUGGUCCUCUCUGUCUUCACUGCAGUGUUGGGCUUCUUCCAGUAUGGCUACUGCCUGGGUGUCAUUAAUGCCCCCCAGAAGGUGAUAGAGGCGCACUACGGGCGCGUGCUGGGCGUCAUCCCCCUGGAUGGACACGCCACCAACACCUCCGGGGAGGAUGGCACAGCCCCCCAGGCUGGCACCGAGGGCACGCUCACCCCCCUGGCUGACACCAGCGAGGACCUGGCCACCUCCCCACACAUCCUCACCAUGUACUGGUCCCUCUCUGUCUCCGUGUUUGCCGUUGGGGGCAUGGUCUCCUCCUUCACUGUGGGCUGGAUCGGCGACCGGCUUGGCAGGGUGAAAGCCAUGCUGGUGGUGAACGUCCUCUCCAUCGCUGGGAACCUCCUCAUGGGGCUGGCGAAAUUCGGGCCGUCCCACAUCCUCAUCAUCGCCGGGAGAGCAGUCACGGGGCUGUACUGCGGGCUCUCCUCCGGACUCGUGCCCAUGUACGUCAGUGAGGUCUCUCCCACGGCCCUUCGGGGAGCGCUGGGGACGCUGCACCAGCUCGCCAUUGUCACAGGGAUCCUCAUCAGCCAGGUCCUUGGACUAGACUUUCUCCUGGGCAACGAUGAGAUGUGGCCCCUGCUGCUCGGUCUGUCUGGCGUGGCCGCCCUGCUGCAGUUCUUCCUGCUCUUGCUGUGCCCUGAGAGCCCCCGAUACCUUUACAUCAAACUGGGCAAGGUGGAGGAAGCUAAAAGAAAUUUGAGAAGGCUUAGAGGAAACUGUGACCCGAUGAGAGAGAUUGCGGAGAUGGAAAAAGAAAAGCAAGAAGCUGCUAGUGAAAAGAAAGUCUCCAUAAGACAGCUUUUCACCUCUUCCAAGUACAGGCAGGCUGUCAUCGUGGCGCUGAUGGUGCAAAUAUCCCAGCAGUUCUCGGGAAUCAACGCGAUCUUUUACUAUUCUACAAACAUUUUCGAGAGAGCUGGAGUUGACCAACCAGUUUACGCAACCAUCGGUGUUGGAGUGGUGAACACAGUCUUCACUGUUAUCUCUGUCUUUCUGGUGGAGAAGGCGGGCAGGCGGUCCCUGUUCCUGGCUGGAUUGAUGGGCAUGUUAAUAAGCGCUGUGGCCAUGACAGUUGGACUUGUGCUCCUGAGCCAGUUUGCCUGGAUGAGCUAUGUCAGCAUGGUGGCGAUCUUCCUCUUCGUCAUCUUCUUUGAAGUCGGGCCCGGGCCCAUCCCCUGGUUUAUCGUGGCCGAGCUGUUCAGCCAAGGCCCCCGUCCCGCCGCCAUCGCCGUCGCCGGCUUCUGCAACUGGGCCUGCAACUUCAUCGUGGGAAUGUGCUUCCAGUACAUAGCGGAUCUGUGCGGACCGUACGUGUUUGCGAUCUUCGCGGCCCUGCUCCUGCUCUUCUUUCUGUUUGCCUACUUCAAAGUCCCAGAGACGAAAGGGAAGUCCUUUGAGGAGAUCGCGGCCGUGUUCCGCCGCAAGAAGCUCUCGGCCAAAGCCAUGACUGAGCUGCAGGACCUGCGAGCCAGCGAGGAGGCAUAGCCACCCCACCCAUCCAGAAAGGAGGCACUGCGCAUGGACCUCCUUCAGGCGCCAUGGGCAAAAGUCUCAUUUCACAAAAACCUUGCAGCUGGCAGACCAGGAAGACCCAUCCACCGCAUUCCUUCUGGCUGCCGGGGUUCACACCUCCCAGGUGAACCCGGCAUUUCAGUCUGAGACACUUGGUACAACUGUACUGCAGGAAGAGACAGGAAAAGGACAGGAGGAGUUUGUUACCCGUGUGUCUCCACGUCCCGCUGCAAGAGCCCGACAGGACAGUGAUGUUACCACAUGGCCAAGCAGGGCCAUCGCUCAGCUGGAGUGAAGGAAAGAGGAGUCGGCUGAUGCUGCAGCCUCAUGUUUUCACCUUUUUGUCCCAUGCUUGCUGCUUCCUUCUCGUGAGAGACUUGGUGCCUCGAGAAGCCAACUGCGAGAGUGCAUUUGUGCCCCCAGCACACAGCACUGAUCGCAUGAGGUGCCAAGGAAAACAGGUGGGGCAAACUCCCCCUUACUCUUGCCUGUGCAGAGGAAGAAGGUGGAUCCCACCCGAACCUCACUUGCUUUGCUGUCUGUGCAUUAUGGAAAUGCUGUCCAAUCUCACAAGGAUUUCCAAUCAGCAUUUUUUAGGAGAAUCUUAGAAACUGUGGCUGGGCUGAUGGGCAUUUUUUUCCUUAUGUUUCAGCCAUACUAUUUAGCACCCUAUUCCCUCGUAGGAAACCUCUCCUCCCUCCCCUUCUCCCUGCUCCAGCACAAGGUAAGCACAAUAUUGACCACACAAGGGGCCUGGGCACUCCCUGACCCCAGGGUCAGGAGACCCAAGUCCUGCUGCCAUCCCUCCCAUGGUGUGACUACUGCCAGGUCACCUCCUUCCCCAUCCUCUGUGCCUGCCUUCCCUUCCUUUUGUACAGUGCUCAGACCCACAGGCUCCAGCCUGAGUCAAGGGCUUGGGCUGCCCAUACUGUAACAAUUAGUGAUGACCCGAAGGGGGAAUUCGGUACUGGAGGGUUAACUGGAAGGUGCCCACUGAUCAGACCCCCACUUUGCACCACUUGGGAUUUUGCUGGCUGGAUGUGCUGCAGCCAAGAAGUGCAAGCAGGAGGUCAUGCUGUUUCCAUAGCCUUGUUUGUGCUCCUUUCGCUUCUUUGUGAGACAUUUUUAUGUGACAGAAUCAAACUCCGUGGAUUUUUCUUCCUUUUUUGGGGGGAUAUCUUGGAAACAAUGUAAAAAGCCUGCUCUGUGUUUGCUUGACUUUUAAGAUUUGCAUGUUCUGUGUUGUGAUACCAGGUUACUUUCUAGCAACUUUCUCAGGAUAGAAACCCAUUAUUUAUUUAAAGAUGAAACACCAGCAUUGCUGGGUUGCUGUGAGCUCACCACGCUGCUGGUGAAGCAGUGGCCAAAAUGUAACAGAGGAUCAAGCAUAAUGAAAAGCACAGAACAGAUGGGCCAAGGAGGAUCAUGCUGCUGCUAUGGCUUUGGUUUUGGGGAAAGUUCAUGCUCCUUUCCAUGUGCCUGAACGUUUUUCCUCUGUAGACUUUACUCUCUUGGAAUUAAGACUCUAAAGCAAAUUCUGGUCCCUUCCAAGUGACUGGAAGUGCAGCCACAAGGUCCUUUGGGAAAAGUGUCUGGCCCCAGUGCAUGCACUGAAGCAGUAAGAUUGCACCAAAGGCUUUCCAGGAGUGACUGCUGGGAUUUAACUCGAGGAGAACUGGGUCAGUGCUGUCAUGUGCUACAGCAGUGGGGAUUCCAGGUCUGACAUGGAUCUGGGAACCAGGGCUCAGGCUGGGGUAGAGAAGAGAGCAGCAGAGCUGGGGCACAGAUCUAUCUGGAUGGAACCUUCUGUCUGUGUACUGCAAACAGGUCCCCCCAGGUAAGACCAGCUGCCACAGCAGGCUCAGAAACUCUCCACAGUGUUUACUACAGGUAGUUUAAUAUUAUAAUGGAUUGUCUGAAUGUAAAAAAAAGGGGGGAAAAAAGAGGUGGGUUCCUGCUUUCAAUAAUGUUGUCUAUGUCUGUUAGAUAAAAGUGACAGUGAA